AUGGACAAAGCGAGGGCAUUUUAUAAAGCGUAUACGGGUCAGAUGGAUAAUAUAAAAACAGUACAGAGCGUCAGGCUACAACUACUAUUUGUAGUUAGCCAAUCAAGUUCAACACUUGUUAUAACCUUCGAUGAUGUACCAAAUAGUUCUCUGAACUAUACAAUUUCAAUUCCAAAUGGGUACAAGAAUUUAAACUGGACGAAUGGACUAGUAUUGAAUACAACAGCAAGACCAGAUUACCGACUGACUGGAUUUUAUACAGCAUUAAAAUCAGGACAAUUUGUAGGAUACAAUGUAGAUCACAAACCAUUGACAAUUCAUUCGAGUGCCACUGGACAAACAUUCAAUGUUAGUUCAUUUACUAUAGCUGCUACACUGGUUAACAAUACUCAGUUAACUAUUGUUGGUCAACGAUCUUGUGAACUUCUCUAUACACAAACUCUUCUGUUAAAAGUUCGUCCACCAGCAACAGUCAUCGUGUUAAACUGGAUUAAUUUAGAUUCAUUAAUAUUAACUGUUACAAAUGGUUCACAAUUUGCAAUGGAUGAUCUUUCAGUUUCAGUUUCAAGUGCUGCUAUAAUAACGAGGUAUAGAGUAAGAGCGUGAAAGUUGCUGCUCAAUCAGAUAUAAGUCAUUGUUCGUCUUCCUUUUUCUUCAGUACUACGUUUAAGACGACAACAACUACAGCAGGUAUGUGUGAACCUAUGAUAGGGAAGAGUAACUUCUCUAAGGCAUAACUACGAAUUAUUUUCGAAGCUGGGUCACUUCUUUGUGAAACUUCCCCUAGAUGUUUCCGAAAAGAAGAACCUGCACACUCGAAAAACCGGUGAUUUUGGCGUAUUUUCAACUUCUUCCUCCUCCUUGUGUGAAUCAUUCAUCUGAAACUGAUGUAGUAUUUAUCAAACCACUCAUAUGAAUUUCCCAUCGGCAUGUUAAAAGUCAAGCACUCACUCAGCAUUAGACAUGAAACCGUAACCGUGGAUCAUGAUCGUAAUCGUGAAUAACCGUUCGAACGGUUAACCGUAACAGCAAAUAAUCCCUUUAUAACGGCUUAGUGUAUACUUGGUUACUAGUUCGUUGAUAUCGGUUUACAUUAGAAGUAGACAAGGAUGGCACUUUGUCCUGACGUUGUAGUGCAUCUACUAUAGUGACAAUCUACACUACGUUGCACAAAAACGGGUAUUAAUUCACGGCAUCAGAAAUAUAGUUUUCCCGUUCCGACGCAGGGACAAGAUCCUGAAAUCCUCAACUCCUGGAAUAAAUUUAUGAAAAUCCUAGGGAAUACGUAAUCGAUAAUGAGGAAUCCGAAAAUGAGUAUAACAGGCCUAUGGGAUGCACUAUAUUGGUCAGAAAUAUACUUUUGACUUGAUUGGAUGAAAAUGAAACAGAAUAGACAAUCGACCACGCGGGGUCUGAAAAUAGCAAUGAAAGUGACGGGAGCAGUAAUCGCACAUCAACACAAGAACGUGUUUCUUAUGAGAUUUCGUUCCGGGCGUAGAGCUCCGGGCUUCCAUGACUCACUCUCACUAUCCAACGCCCCCCGUUGAAUGAAACAAGUGUUUGACCGAAAUCUUCACGAUAAGCGAACAACUUUCGACUUGAUCGGAUGAAAAUGAAAGAGAAUAGCUUAUCAACCAUAAGGAACCCAAAAAAGUGUAUAAGAGUCCUCUAGAACGUACCCUAUUGGCUAGAAACGUCCUGCUGGAUUCGGGGAUUUCACAAAUACACUAUUGGAGCAGAGACAAGCACCACUUGUUUGCUUAUCGUGAAGGUUUCGGUCAAACACUUGUUUCCUCCAACGGGGUGAGGGGGCGUUGGAUACUGGGAGUGAGUCAUGGAAGCCCGGAGCCCUACGCCCGGAACGAAAUCUCAUAAGAAACACGUUCUUGUGUUGAUGUGCGAUUACUGCUCUCGUCACUUUCAUUGCUAUUUUCAGACCCCGCGUGGUCGAUUGUCUAUUCUGUUUCAUUUUCAUCCAAUCAAGUCGAAAGUAUAUUUCUGACUAAUAGAAUGCAUCCUAUAGGUCUGUUAUACUCAUUUUCGGAAUUUAUUUACGGUUACGGUUAACGGUUAAUAGCCGUAACCGUUGCAUACUUACUCAGCACUGAUUUAAUGACCCGACAUGACCCGAUAUUUGAGCGACCGGCAUCUGAGCGAUCGACACUUGAGCGCCCCGACAUUUGAGCGACCGACAUUUGAGUAAUAACGACCGUUCAGCACCAAGUGCUCACUCUCACCCCCACUCAUCCUCACCCACCCUUACCCUACACAGCACCCUCAGAUCUCCAAAUAAUUCAAUUCAUAAUCCGACGACAAAAAAAAAUUGUUCUGAUCAUCGUUAUCGAAGUGAAUAAUCAUUCGAUUUUCCU